CCCACCUUUUUCUAAGUUCCUCUAUAAACCACCAGACAAAUCGUCGAUUGAUCAUUGUACAAUGCACAGAACUUACUCUUUAAGAUCCCAAAGGGCUCCAACCGCUGCUCAAUUGCAAAGCCCUCCACCUCCACCUUCGUCUACCAAGUCCAAGUUUUUUGGUAAGGGCUCUAUCUCCCACAGUUUCAGAAAGAGUGCUGCUGGUGCUUUGGGCCCCGAAUUGGCUAGAAAGUUGGCUCAAUUGAUCAAGAUGGAAAAGAACUUGAUGAGAUCCAUUGAAAUCACCGCCAGCGAAAGAAAGGAAGUUGCUAAGCAAUUGUCCUUGUGGGGUGAGGCCAACGACGACGAUAUCAGUGAUAUUACCGACAAAUUGGGAGUUUUGAUUUUUGAAAUCGGGGAAUUGGAAGACCAAUUCAUCGACAGAUACGAUCAAUACAGAAUCACCUUGAAGUCGGUCAGAGAUAUCGAAGGGUCAGUUCAACCAUCUAGAGAAAGAAAGCAAAAAAUCACCGACCAAAUCGCCUACUUGAAGUACAAGGACCCUCAAAGUCCAAAGAUCAAUGUGUUGGAACAAGAAUUGGUCAGAGCCGAAGCUGAAUCUUUGGUUGCUGAAGCCCAAUUAUCCAACAUUACCAGAGAAAAGUUGAAGACUGCUUUCAACUACCAAUUCGACUCCAUUAGAGAACACGCCGAAAAAAUCGCUUUGAUUGCUGGUUACGGUAAGGCCUUGUUGGAAUUAUUGGAUGAAAGUCCCGUGACUCCUGGUGAAACCAGACCUGCCUACGACGGUUACGAAGCCUCCAAGCAAAUCAUCAUUGAUGCUGAAAAUGCUUUAGCUUCGUGGACUUUCGACUCGGCCGUCGUCAGACCAACCUUGUCAUUGGCUGCUCACGACGAAGAGUACGAAGAUAUCGAUGAGUUGGCUGAAGACGCUGAAAACAUGAAGGUUGCCGAACAAGAGUUUUCUUCUUAGAGGUUGACUUAGUAUUGGUUUAACUGCUAAUCUAUAUUAUAUUGUUUUAUUGUCCUGAAAAAUGUUUAGUUCACCUUUGAAUUGUUUUAUUACUUUGUGAAUACACAGAUAAAGUAUUUUUUGAUGGUCAGGGGUUAUGGCAUCAGAUUCCUGAAACGGUAGGGAUGCCUCAAGUCUGAUGCUGGAGCGCUAGAAAUGAUUUUGUAAAAUCGUGUCCGAAGUCGAUUUUUGGGUCAUCAGUGCCUGCAAUUAGGUUGUGUAACGAACUGCGGUUAAGCGUGGGUAAGUAACAACAUCACGUAUCUGCACCCCUCCACUUAACAUUGACAGGGCCUUGUGGUCCUUGUUCAUGGGUUGGGGCCGUGGAUAGAAAUAUGCAAGCUGUUAGCAGCCAUUUCAGGUGGCACAUUUGUGGUUUGUUUAUUUACAAUUUCACCCAGUGCGCACUACACCAACACAAAACAAUAUAAACUUGAUUUGCUCUAAAAUAUUUUUCACCUCAAUAGGCUAACGAUAACUAGAUUGGGACGCUUAAGCACACUGGCCUCUUGCAUACACGUUUGUUCGUUU